AUGUCAGCAAGCCAGAACGAAAGUGACUGGAAGACAUCAUGGGCAUCCGCCCUCGUUGCCGAACCUUACUCGCCAGAAAAUGUCGAACAGCGUCUUCAAGACCUAUUGGAUGGCAAGACAGUUCUUGGGGUGACUGGAUCCGACAAAAAGAAUGCGAAAAAUGUAUUGGAGGGAUUUGUCCAGGGAGCCGACUGGACAUUCAAACCCUCUGCGUUCGACGACGUCUGGCACGCCGUGUUUAAGAUUGCCAAGAGACUAGGGUGCACAGAGCGCAUCCGUGAGGCGACAUAUUUCUGGACAGAGGCCUUCCUAUUAGACGAAGCGUGGGACGUGGAUCCACCAGAGGAAGCGGACAAGGAUCAUCCGAUCUAUGGUGGGGAAUACGACAAUAGCUGGAUUUCGGCGUCUCUCGGCGACGCGCGCCUAUUUUCGCUUGGCUAUGGCUACUCGGCCUUUGCCCACAAUGCAUUUUUAGAUGGGCUUGGACUCGGAGGCGAGAAGAGUAACUCGGAUAGUAUGCGCAUUGCCUCGUGCGCGCAGCUUUUAGCUGCUGGUCAGCGAUUGAAGUUGCAUUUUCAUGGAGGAGGCGAUAGCCAUGAUACUCCAGGUUUUGCAGGCCGAUAUCUGAAGGCCAGACCGCCAAAGGAACAGGAGACUGCGAAGAAAGAAGGAGAAGCUUUCUGGAGAGAAGUUCUGAAGGCGCUUGAGGAUCAGCAAAGUCAAGCUCGCCCUAGGGCAGCGGCACUUUUGAAGUUAACGCUGGAUCACAUAAAGUCAGACUCGCCGGAUAAGUCAAGCGCUGAGGUUGCCAAGAUCGUAUGGACCUCUGAGCAGUCGUAG